UUCCCUAAGUCUCCAGUGAUGUUUUGACGAUUGCAAAUUGGAAGAUAAAACUCAGUUGCCACACAAACUCAACCCCCUUUUUGAUACGGAAAAUUUGGAUAUUUUAAAAGAAAAACACUGUAUUCUGAUAUGUGUUCAUAAGUUACACUAACGCUUCUUCAAAUUUAUAAACAGUAUUAUACUUAAAAGUUAAAGAAAAGCUAACAACAAUGUCGACCAGAUCGCAUUUGACAAAAGAUUUGAACGAGAGUGUAAAAACAAUUCUGGGGCGGAAUGUUAAGAUUUUGGUGAAGUAUAUGGUGAAAUUGGAAACAAAAAGUGAUAAAUUUGAAAACAGAAUGUUGGUUUUGACACCCGUACGCGUUUAUUUGUUCACAGCUAAAGUCCCCACCAGGAUUGAUAGCAAUUUUCACUACCUUGACAUACAUACAAUCGACAGUAAAGAUCCAACACACUUCUCUAUUUCAACAUUAGACAAAACGUAUGUGUUUUCUAGUAUCGGAGAUGCAGGAAAUUUAAGUUCGAAUGCGGACGUUAUCCUUACUGAUUUGUCUUCUGCUAUCAAGCAAAUUUUUCCAACAGUGCCACUGAAAUAUAUUAUUAAAAAGAUUGAAGUGAAUCCCAUAGAACGUGCAUCAAUUUUUUCCGAUGAACUUCGCCCUUCCGACCCACGAAACGUUGGACCAUGCGGCGGGUUUAGCGUCCAAUAUUUUUGCAUGUGUGAUUACCACGGCGUUCAGUACCGUGAGGAGGUGGCAUGGGAUGUUGACACAAUUUAUCUAUCGCAUGAUAAUCGAGUGCUUAAUUUGCACGAUUUUGAUCAUCUGGAACAAAAAGAUUUAAUGGCAAUUAUAUCGGCACUUGAGUAUAAUACAUUUUUCCGAGGAAUUAAAAUAACAAAUACACGCAUGUCGACUGAAACUUUGGAAAGAAUAUUACAUGUGCUAAAACGUUCCAUGUGGCUCGAGGAAAUGCACUUGGAGGCGCUUGGAUUGCGAUCCGACUUUAUUCAUAAGUUUUCUUUUUCUGUGAUAUCGAACAUAAAUCCCGCUCUUCGUUCUAUUGAUUUGAGCCACAAUCUUGUUGAAGACAAGGGUGCUACUAACUUAGCGGGCCCAAUUGCUAAAAUAUCCAAAGGUUUGUCUAAACUUAAACUCUCGCACUGUGGCUUGACAUCGAAGGGAGUUAACCAGCUUGCUCAAUCGUUAUCCCAAAAUCAAAACAUUUCCAACUCAUUAACGUUUCUUGAUCUAAGUGGAAAUAAUUUAAAGGAUGAUAUUACGCACCUUUACAACUUUCUGGCACAACCAAAUGUGAUAGAACAUCUAGACAUUUCAAAAACUGAUACAACAUUAGAAAGCCUUUUUGGUGCUUUACUUCGUGGGUGCUCCACUCAUUUACUUCAUCUUAAUGUUUCAAACAAUAUGUUUGGCACAAAGAAAGGGAAGGAAAUUCCACCGUCAUUUAAACAGUUCUUCACCAGCAGUCUUAGCUUGAAGCAUUUGAAUAUUGCCAACUGUAAGCUUCCUCUAGAAGCGCUUAAGCAUUUACUUUUGGGUCUAGCGUGCAACGAAUCGACCGCCGGUCUUUAUCUGGACCUCAGCGGGAAUUCCCUUGGUGCCCAAGGUGCCCAUGUUUUAGAGUCGUGUAUUCACGGAGUUAGAGUAUUGUCAAGCUUAGACAUAGGUGAUAAUAAUCUUGAUUUCGAAAUGGCUUCCGUUCUAACUGCCAUAGGGAGAAAUCCCUCGAUUAGAGUAUUACGUAUGAGCAAAUGCUUCGUAGGAUUAAAAUUGAAGCACAUCGCCACUGUUAUGGAUGCUCUGGUGAAUUUAAUCCAGAAAGAUGAUUUCCAAUUACAAGAGUUAGUUUUGUCGGAGAAUAAGCUGAAGCACGACCUACACAACUUCAUCAAUGCAUUAGGAAGCAACCAAAGUCUUCAAAUUCUAGAUAUAACAGGAAACUUGAUGGGUGACAUAGGAGCCCGACUCUUGGCGAAAGCAUUACAAAUUAAUAACCGUUUAAGAAUUAUUUCCUUAGAUCGCAAUAAUAUAACUCUUCAAGGAUAUUCAGAUAUAGUAUAUGGAUUAGAGCACAAUUACUCGAUGCGGAACAUUCCAUUUCCAUUAUUUGACGUUGCUGCUUGUCUGAAGCAGCAUCCGGAUCGCACAGACAUUCUUAUGCGAAAAAUGCAGGACAUUUUGCUCCGUAACGGAAGUGGACUACAGCGAGGAAAUGGACAAGGAUUCAGAUUGCAACAUGGCUUUCUCCUUUCAUCUACACACCAAAUUAUGGAUAAAUUAGUCUCAGAAACUCAAGAAAUCAUGUCACAUAAACAGUGCUCUCUCGACAACGGAUUGACUCGGCUGCUGGAAGACGCUGAAAAUUGCAAACAAUUAUUGCCAAAACUACAGGAAGUCGCUCGAUGCGAACCUCAUCCCAUUGAAUCCCGGCUGGGAAAGAUCAAAGAAGAACUGAUUUUGUAUAUAAAAAUGUAUUUACAGGACAUGAUGGAAACGAUGCUGCGUACAGGCGUUGAUCAAUGUCCUCUAACUCUCGCUAAUCAAAUUGUGCUGGCAGAACUCCGAAAGAGCUGUGAGGAAAAGCUAAAGAUAUCAGAAGACUUUUUGCAAAACAGUUUGUCAAAUAAUUCCAGUGGUGAAAUUAUGUUUGGUGUUAGGUAUGUAGGGCCGGUUAAGGCUUACGUAGCCGUGUUUGUUUGCUUUGGAACUAAAGCGGUCCAUUUGGAGCUGGUUUCGGACCUGUCCACCGCCAAGUUCCUCCAAGCACUGCGUCGGUUUGUGGCUCGUCGGGGAAAGCCAGCCGACAUGUAUUCCGACAAUGGCACAAACUUUGUCGGCGCGAAAAACGACCUCAAAGACCUUCUGCACAACCUCAGACACGAGAAAAACCACGAACACAUCCAGCACGAAUGCUCCCAGGAGGGUAUAAAUUGGCACUUUAUUCCUCCUUGCGCUCCCCACUUUGGUGGGCUCUGGGAAGCCGCUGUUAAGUCCGCCAAAAAACACCUCCUCCGCGUUGUUGGCCAAUCCUCCAUCUCACACGAGGACUACAUAACCCUCCUCGCCCAGGUAGAGGCUUGCCUCAACUCAAGACCCCUCACGCCCCUCACUGAAGAUCCCUCCGACCUCGAACCGCUAACCCCCGCUCACUUCCUGAUCGGGACAUCCCUAGAAGCAGUGCCGGACAAGGACUACUCCGAGAUCCCGAACAACCGCCUCACGCACUGGCAGAGCAUCCAACAGCAGCUUCAACAUUUCUGGCGUCGAUGGCAUACGGAGUACCUGCAACAACUACAAGCUCGUGUUAAGAACUGGCAGCCAGCAAUCGAAAUUCGCCCUGGACGUCUUGUCAUCGUGGUCGACGAGAACCAACCGUCGAUGAAGUGAAAGAUGGCACGAAUACACGAGAUUCAUCCCGGCGCUGAUGGUGUGGUCCGCGUAGUUACGCUUCGGACUGCUACUGGAUACCUGAAGAGACCAGUUACGAAGAUUUGCCUGUUACCAAUACCAGCAGAAUCGAUCGAGGAAGAAAAGGCAGAGACAGCUGAAAUCGGGCAAUUUCAGGGGGGGUCGGAAUGUUUGGUUUCUGUUAACCCCUCGGACCAUGUGGACCGAGAGUUCGAAACCGCGAACGGCAGAUCCCUCUGAUCGCCAUUUCGCCGCGAAGGCCGCGAGAGAAUAGGUGAGAGAGAAACUGGACCGCGAUCUCCGCUGGUGAGCCUUCGAGGAUUCUGCGAUCCAGUUUGCGCGACAGUACGCUUCAGCGCUUCACUCCGCGAAGACCCACACGCAAAACCUUCCUCGACACCAUUUAACAAGCUGUGUUUUACUUAAGAAAUUAAAUAAAGUUAAGUUCAAUUAGUUUGGUUUUUAAUAAAUAGUUUGCUUUAAAUAAAAGUGGUUUCAACCUAACGCGCGUGUGUGUCAUUUCGGCCUAUAGGCCAUAACCCGCGAAACCCGUGACCAUCUCGAAGACGGAUUCCAAAGCCAUCCGACAAGCGCCUGAAGUCGUGCCAGGAACGACCGCCGGAGUACUCCAUCCCGUCCCGGUUCCGGCCGUCAACCUUAAGGACCGCCAGCCACAGGAGUGGCCGCGUAAAAGCCCCGGAGUCCGGAGCACAUCCCAACAACCAACCAGGUACCUUCAACCAAAACCGGUUCCAACAGUCACAGUUUUUCA